CCCAGAGAGGGGAAGUGACUCGUCCAGAGCUGUUCGGCCUGGUCUCCGCUCGGCUCUGGGUUACUCCGGUGGAGCCCGGCCCUGGCCCUGCCUGUGGGACGUGGUGGAAUCUCUGGCCAGCGCAUGAAGCAGGCAGGGCUCCCAGGGGGAGACCAGGAACUUCUGACUCCCACCGCUGGCGUAGGGAGUGUCUACCAAUGUAGCCUUUCCCUGGGCCCAACCUCAUUAGGUCCCCACGGCAGCCCUGUGACAGAGGCAGCUCAGGGCUCGUUUUAUACCCCCAUUUUACUGAUGAAGAAACUGAGGCUCAGAGUGGUGGAGUAACUUUUCCAAAGUCCCGCAGUUAGUAAGUGGCAGAGAUGGGGUUAGCAUCCAGGCCCCUCUGAGCCUGCGCUGCAUCUGACCGGCCACGUCCCGGUUCCUGCCUGCCCUUCCCCACUUCCCAGCUUCCUUCAGAGACACGCGAGGCCUGUGGGCCGGGCACCCCCUUGUAAAUGCAUCAAAGUGGCCAGAUGAGCAGGUACCUGCCUCCCGCCUCAUCUGCGUUCUGUCCUUGGUCCCCUCCUCUGACUGGGGGACAUUCCCAAGGUCCCAGGAGAGGAUGUGGCACCUCAGAAACAACAAAGAACCCCAGAUGGGGGCACAUGUCUGCUGCCCAGCCUGAGUCCUGAGGCCACCCUGGCCACAAGGCAGGUCUGUGAGCCCGAGGCCACUUCCUCGGCCCUGAGGACAGCGUGUGAGAAUUGCUGGCUUCCCCAGCCUUGCCGAGAUUACUAGGCCAGCCCGGCACUGGCCUGGAUUCCUCCUGUCUCCAAAGGACAGGAGUCCUUAGAACACAGAGGCAGACUUUGCUGGAGCCCCCAGCGAGACAGCGGGAGGGGUGGCAGCAGCUCCCCCACACCUCCCGUUCCAGCCUUACAGGCAGCUGCAGGGCCCGGGGGACCCGCCUUCACCACGCAGCCGCCGGCGCUCGCGGCCCACUCAGACCUGCAGAGAGGUCGGCCCAGACAGGAGGUAUUGGGCACUAGCUGAGCCAGGGCCAGGGGGCAGGGUGGGCAGGGCCAGCCCGGGGGCCUCAGGGUGGGCUUUGUGGCCUCCUGAAAGAGGCAGUGGCAGCGACGGCAGCAGCGACAACUCCGAUGGAGGCCUGGCGAGGUCCGGCAGAGCGCAACCUGCACUGGGGCCUCCUCGUCCUGGCGCUCGGCUUCUUUCUCCUCCACUGUGAUCCCUUCACCUGCUUCUCCUUUCUCUCCUCUCCUUCACCUGCCCCAAGUUUCGAGGACUCCACCCUGUCCACGACCACUACCCUUGAGUCUAUCCCCAGCUCCACGGGAGAGCCGAAAUGCCAGCGACCCCGCACCCUGAUGCGGCAGCAGAGCCUGCAGCAGCCGCUGAGCCAGCACCAGCGGGGCCGGCAGCCCAGCCAGCCCACCACCAGCCAGAGCCUGGGCCAGCUGCAGGCCCACACGGGCUCGGCGCCGGGCCCCAACCCCCGGGCCCACGGCCGGGGCCAGGCUCGGCAGGGCACCUCUGCCGGCUCCAAGUACCGGGCGGCCGGGGGCCGCAGCCGCUCCAACCCGGGCAGCUGGGACCACGUGGUGGGGCAGAUUCGAAACCGAGGCUUGGACAUGAAAUCCUUCCUGGAAGGCCGGAUGGUGGUGCUAUCCUUGGUCUUAGGGCUUUCGGAACAGGAUGACUUUGCCAAUAUCCCUGACCUGCAAAACCCAGGAACCCAGCAGAACCAGAGCGCUCAGGGGGACAAGAGGUUGCCUGCAGGAGGGAAGGCGGUGAGCACAGCCCCAGUGCCAGGCCAGACGCCCCACGAUGAGUCUGACCGCCGGACCGAGCCCCACUCCUCCGUCUCGGACCUCGUCAACUCCCUCACCAGCGAGAUGCUCAUGCUCUCCCCAGGCUCUGAGGAAGACGAGGCCCACGAGGGCUGCAGCCGAGAGAACCUGGGCCGGAUCCAGUUCAGCGUCGGCUACAAUUUCCAGGAGUCCACGCUCACCGUGAAGAUCAUGAAGGCCCAGGAGCUGCCGGCCAAGGACUUUAGCGGCACCAGCGACCCCUUUGUCAAGAUCUACCUGCUGCCAGACAAGAAGCACAAGCUGGAGACCAAGGUGAAGCGGAAGAACCUGAACCCCCACUGGAACGAGACCUUCCUCUUUGAAGGUUUUCCCUACGAGAAGGUGGUGCAGAGGGUCCUCUACCUCCAAGUCCUGGACUAUGACCGCUUUAGCCGCAACGACCCCAUCGGGGAGGUGUCCAUCCCCCUCAACAAGGUGGACCUGACCCAGAUGCAGACCUUCUGGAAGGAUCUGAAGCCAUGCAGCGAUGGGAGUGGGAGCCGAGGGGAGCUGCUCUUGUCUCUCUGCUACAACCCCUCUGCCAACUCCAUCAUCGUGAACAUCAUCAAAGCCCGGAACCUCAAAGCCAUGGACAUCGGGGGCACAUCAGACCCCUACGUGAAGGUGUGGCUGAUGUACAAGGACAAGCGGGUGGAGAAAAAGAAGACGGUGACGAUGAAGAGGAACCUGAACCCCAUCUUCAACGAGUCCUUUGCCUUUGAUAUCCCCACGGAGAAGCUGAGGGAGACGACCAUCAUCAUCACCGUUAUGGACAAGGACAGGCUCAGCCGCAACGACGUCAUCGGCAAGAUCUACCUGUCCUGGAAGAGCGGGCCAGGGGAGGUCAAACACUGGAAGGACAUGAUUGCCCGUCCCCGACAGCCUGUAGCCCAGUGGCACCAGCUGAAGGCCUGAUUGGGGCCAAGGGAGGCCCAGGGGGCCAAGGGCCCGGGUCCCCAUCAUGCCCUUACCACUUUAUGCACAAUGCCCGGCCUGGCCCCCCUGCCGUGGGUGAGGGGAGGACCCUGAGGGCUCAGCCAGGGAAGGGUCCCAGGACUCCACUGGGCCCCAUUUCUAGGAAGUACCAGCCCCACCCCCCCACCAGUCCAGCUUGGGGGAGGGGAUCUGGGAGCCAUUUUCCUGCUUUGCCCCAUUCCUUCCUGACUUGCUGAUACUAAAGAAGUGGGGGAGAACUCGAGAGCCAGACGGGCAGAUGGGCACAUCCCUCCAGAGGCCCGCCAGGUGGGCAUGGUCCCCCGUUUUCUUUAAGGCAGUGCCUGGAGUGGAGAGAGGCCACCCGCUCCCCAGCCCUGACGUGGGCCCAGGGGAGGGGAGGCCGAGGCGUUUGGCCCCGGCCUGGCCAGGAGAGGCCCAUCCCCAGGGCAGUUUCAGGUGCCGGCUGGGCCCUGAAUGCCAACGAUAGUGUAUAGCCCGCUCCCAGGUCCUGGAGCCGUGGCCCUGUGU